CUCGCUUGGGCGAGAUUUGUAUUUGAGAAAAAACAAAAUGGAUUUACGACGUGUUCAGAAUGAAGAAAAAUUGAAUCUGUGUAGAAAAUAUUAUAUAGGAGGAUUUGCUUUGCUUCCAUUUUUAUGGUGUAUUAAUUCAGUAUGGUUUUUUAAUGAAGCUUUCAGAAAACCACAAUUUGAUGAACAAAAACAAAUAAAAACAUAUGUAAUAAGAUCAAUGAUAGGAACAUUAAUCUGGAUGGCCAUUAUUAUCACCUGGGUGGUCAUAUUCCAGUUAAAUAGAAGUAAAUGGGGGGCCACAGCUGAUUAUAUGUCAUUCAUCAUACCCAAGGGAGAACUUUAAAAACAGUUAUGAACAACUUAAACAGCACUGAUCUGUAAAGGCAUUUGUUAACCUGGCUGAAAAACACUUGAUGAUUAAAAGCUUAAAGAGUUUUUUUUAGUCAUAUGUUUUAAAUAUGCUUAAACAUACAUUAUUCAAGAGCUAAAUCUGCCUAUUGCAGGUCUUUCUUUACUCUAGAAAUAUUAUCUAAAUUAUUAAUUAGACAUUAAUUAAUUUAUCCAGACCAUAAUCUACUCUCAAUGUCAUCGUUGGAUAAUUUAACAUAAAAAUGGAUAAUCGAGACUUUGUUUAUUAUCGUAGCAAUGUUAGUAAUGACGAUUGAGGCUAGGCCUAAAAUUGAAUUGCUAAUAUCUCGGUUCAGAGUGAAGCAAUUUGACUGAAAUUUCAGCAUUUUCUGUUUUCAUUAUCUAUUUUUUUAAAUUAAUAUAGCGAGAACUGUCAGCUCUUUGUCUAACCUUACUUAAUGCCCCCGAUGCAAUACAUAAUUUCAGAUUUUCGGAAGACCCAUGGUAAUUUAUGUGUUCUAUAUGUAUUAUGUCUGUAAAUAACCUAUUUGUAUCUAUUUAUAAUUUAUAUAAACAUAAAGUUUCAUUGCCACUUAUUGUAUAUAAUUUAAAAGUUACAUUACUUAGAUUAGAAUUUUCUGUGGGGCUGUUAUUUAGUCUCCAAUUGACCGUAUGUAAAGUGUUGAUGACGCACUCAUUCCAUUUCCAAAUGUAUUCUACCAUAUACUUUUGUCAAAUCAAUAAAUAUUAUUUUUUUUUA